AUGUCGGCUUCGCCUACAGCUUCAAACAGAUCCAGCAGGGUCUUGUCUUUCCCCAACGGGGCCUUUUAUAUCCAGUCCGGCAUUGCUGGCCUUGUGCUCGAUAUUGAGAGCGGUUUCUUGAAGGACCCUCUCAAGGCCGGUGCUCGCGUUGAACUUGCCCAUCGCAAGUCGACCAAGAGCUCGACCGACUCUUUUCCCGCAUUGGAGCAGCAGCUCUGGAGGGCCGAGGAGAACUACAUUGUCAAUGUCCGCACUGGUCACGUCUUGGAUAUCCAAGGAGGCGUUGUCCGUUCGGGCUCGCGUGUCAUUCAAAACGUCCGCAAGACCGGCAAGGAUGCCGCCGGUCAGCAUUGGUUAAACGACGAUGGUGUUUUCACCCUGGCCAGCAACCCCAAGUUUGUCAUCACAAUCGACGGCGAUGCAACCCGCGACGGAACCCGUAUUACUAUCCAAGAAAAGAAGGCAUACAACGAAAAGCAAAAAUGGUACUACCCCGGUGGAGGUGAUAGCCGGCCUGCCUCCCCAUCGCCAUCAAGAGCAGAAUCCAUCUCUAUUCGCCCCGAUAACUUCCCUACAAGCUGGUUCUACAUCAAGUCGGCCGCCUCUGGCCUCGUAGUUGAUAUCGAGCAUGGCUACUUCACAGACCCAAUGAAGGCUGGUGCCCGCGCCGAGAUGAACCACCAGAAGAUCGACCAGGGUGACGGUCGCCACUCUCUCCUCGAGCUCCAGCUCUGGCGGUACGAGGCUGGUUACUUGAUCAACCGUCGCACUGGCUUUGUUCUCGAUAUCCAGGGUGGCACCCUCAAAUUGAACGCAAGACUCAUUCAGUGGCAACGCAAGGCUGGUCAAGAAGCCCGCAACCAGCACUGGUUCUACGAAAACGGCUUUAUUGCCAACGUCUACAACUCUCGACUUGUCCUGGAUAUCGACGGCGAUGGCUCAAAGGAUGGCGCAAAGAUUGCUGUCGGAGAGCGCAAGGCGACCGCCAACUCGGACCAGCAAUGGCUCUUGGAGGAGGUCAGGUUUACAUGGCUGAGUGUCCCAGCAACACCAGCAGCAGUUGAGGAGGUCAUCGAGCGUGAGAUCCCCGCACCAACACAGGCACCCCCUGUUACCACUGUUCUCCCCACCAACGGCUGGUUCUACAUCAAGUCAAAAUCAUCUGGUCUUGUUGUCGAUGUCGAGCAGAGUCUCUUGUCCAACCCCAUGGAUCCUAACGUCCUUGUCAACAUGAGCACCCAAAUCAGCGACGACUCGGACUCGGACCACUCCAAUGUCGAGUCCCAGCUCUGGCGGUACGAUGCCGGUCAGAUUAUCAACAGACGCUCUGGCCUCGUUCUCGACUGCAAGCAGGGCGUUGUCCGCUAUGGUGCUCGUCUGAUGCAGGGUGUCCCCAAACAAGGGAAGGAGGCUCACCACCAGCGCUGGGAGUCUGUUGAUGGUGUUUUGAUUAUUCAGGGUAAGCCUACCUUCGCCAUCGACAUCGAGGGUGACGGCACCAAGGCUGGCUCCCGCCUUUCGCUCCAGCGCCCCAAGUCCCAGAACAACUCGGAUCAACAGUGGGUCUUCCAGCUCGCUACUUUUGAGUGGCUCCAGCACGAGCGCAACGUCACCAGGACCAUCACCGAGAAGACCACUGUGUCUUCCAAGGUCGUCCCCAUCACCAAGGGCGACUGGUUCUUCAUCAAGUCCAGCGCCACUGGUUUGGUCAUGGAUUUGGAGGCUGGCUGGAUCACCUCCCCCACCGAUGCUGGCGCCUACAUUGCCAUGAAGAAGCAGCGCUCACUCGAAGAUACCGACAAGAGCCUUUUGGAGAGGCAAUUGUGGAGAUACGAGGAUGGCUACUUCUUCAACCGCAGGACCGGCUACGUUAUCGACAUCUAUGGUCGCUCUGCUGUCGUCGGCGUCAAGUUGAUCCAACAGCACAAGGCCACUACUGAGGAGGACGGUCAGCACAGCCAGCUCUGGAACGUCGUUGAUGGUAACAUCCAGUUGUUGCACAACCCCAAGCUUAUCAUCAACGUCGAAUCUAACAAGGACAGCUCCCGUGUUCAGUUGGUCGAGAGCAAGUCGACUGUCAACACCUGGACCCUUGAGCUCGCCCAAACCACUUGGUUGAAACACUCCAGAGCCGUCAGCCGCUCCGCCUCCUACGAUGAAGGUCUCGAGGUUGCCGAGGUCUCUACCCAUGUCGAGUUCCCGCUCAACAGAUGGUUCUACAUCAAGUCCAAGGCCUCGAACCAUGUCCUCGACAUUGAGCACGGUUUCCUCAAGGACCACACCAAGCCUGGCGCUUACCUCCAGCUCAACCACCAGAAGCUUCAAGCCUCUGCCCAGAAGCACGCUCUCUUGGAGCUCCAGCUCUGGCGCUUCGAGAACGGUUACAUCAUUAACCGUCGUACUGGCUUGGUUCUCGAUGCUGCUGAGGGUAGCUUGAAGUCCGGCACCCGCCUUAUCCAGUGGACUCGCAAGACUCAGGACAACGCCAACCAGCAGUGGGCUGUCUCCAACGGCUUCAUUCACCUAAAGAGCGUGCCUAACUUUGUUCUCGAUGUCGAUGGUGACGGCACCCGCGAGCGUGCCCGCAUCUCCCUCGGCGAGCGCAAGGACAAGAAGAACCUUGAUCAGCGCUGGACUUUCGAGUCUGUUCAGUUCACCUGGUUGGCUCUCGAGCGCAGCUACAGCACUAUUGAGAACGACGUCGAGUUGCUCAAGGAGUACGAGAUCAACCACUUGGCUCGUGUUGUCGACCACAGCCAUGCCCCCGUCAACUGCUGGUUCUAUUUGAAGUCUGGCAUUAGCGAUCUUGUCCUCGAGGUUGAGCACGGACGCCAGGUCAACCAUCUCCAGGCCGGUACCCAGGUCAAGUUGGCCCACCAGAAGCUCAAGUCUGGCAAGCAUUCGCAUGCCCUUCUUGAGCUUCAGCUCUGGCGUUUUGAUGAUGGUUACAUUAUUAACCGUCGCUCUGGACUUGUCCUUGCAGUUGACAAGAUCGAAGCCAACGCUAAGCUUGUCCAGGCUACCAAGUCCACCUCUGAGACCCAGCGCUGGGUUAUCGAGCAGGGUAUCCUCCGCCUUGCUCACCGCAAGGAAUUCGUCCUCUUCCUUUCCUAUGGUCGCCAGGGUUCCAACGCCUUCAUUCGCCAGGUCCGCCAAGGUGAGACCCUUCAGAACUGGUCCUUCUCCGAGGUCCACUUCUCUUGGUUGACUUUGGACCGCCCCGUCAUUGAUCAGACUGAGGAGCAACUCGAUAUCUUGAACGAGAGCGAUGUCACCUACCUCAAGAAGGAGCAGGUCCGCAUCACUAGACUCGAGAGAUUCUCCAAGACCUCGUACUUCUUUAUCCGCGCCUCUAACGGAUACGUCGUCGACAUUGAUAACGGAUUCGGCAUCAACCACAUGCGCGUCGGUGCUCAUGCCGCCGUCCAUCCCCAGACCACCGCUGCUUCAGCCAGCCAGCAUGCUCUCCUUGACAUCCAACUCUGGACCCUCAAGGACGGUUACCUGAUCAACAAGCGCACCGGUUUGGCUUUGACCAUCCAGGGUGAGGCCAAAGAGAACGUUCGCUUGGUCCAAGCUCUCCCUAAGGACUCCAUUAAGUGGUCGAUCGAGGGAGGUUACAUCUUCCCCGAGCAGUACUCUCACCUUGCCCUCAACAUCCGCGACGGACAAGUCAUCCUCGUUGAGCGCACUGUUGCUGUCUCCUGGUCCGUCUACGAGGUCUCCUUCUCCUGGAUCGUCUGGACCGAGGUUAUUCUUCUUGAGACUGAGCAGUCUGAGGACUUUGAGUUCUACGAGGAGUUCGAAGAGAUUGUCCUCCGAUCCUCUGCUACCUCAACUGAGGUCAUCGAGUAUGCCAAGACCGAGCAGCGCAUCGUUGCCCCCAGCAACGCUUGGUUCUACUUGGUUGCCGGAAACAAGGUUGCUUCGAUCUCGACUACCUACCUGUUAGAGCGCGGUGCCGAAGGUGCUUCGAUCGAGCUGUCUGUCCAGAAGCGUUUCGCCUCUGCCCAGCGCCACGCCCUUGUUGAUCUUCAGCUCUGGAAGCUCGAGGGAUCCUAUGUCAUCAACCGUUUCACUGGGUUGUACCUGACUGCUGAUGUCAACGGCUCCUUGAUCCUCUCGACCAAGCAGGCCGAUGCAUCUCUUCAGCAGUGGACCUUCUCCGAGGAAGGCUCACUUUCCUUGGUCUCCAACUCCUCCCAGGUCGUCGACUUUAUCAACGAGAAGGCCAUCCUGGUCGAGCGUUCUGCCGGCAAGACCGUCUGGCUCUACGAUGUCACUCAGUUCAGCUGGAUCACCACCUUGGAUGUCAACACCACCACCGAUAUCCAGUCCAUCGAACGUGAGAUCACCGAGUACAGAACCGUCUAUACUCGCUACAUCCAGUACCUCACCAAGUACACCAUCACCACCACCACAACCACCACGAUCACCCGCCGUGUCAUUCGCGUCCACCGCCAGAUUUCUCUCGAGGAUGCUACUGUCGUGGAGAAGGAGGGUACUGUUUGGGCCUGCCAUUUGGUCGAGGCCGGGACUGGUGUUGACUAUGUGAUGCAGCUCGUUCAGGAUAACAUCAAGAACGUCUACUACAUUUACAUCCAGUGGGGCUCGACCGAGGGCCAGCUCGAGGGACCCUACGAGAGCACUGAGAUCGCCACUGCUGAGUUCCAGGAGCUCUUCGCUUCCAAGGUCGGCUUUGAGUGGUCCGAGCGCGAGACCAAGAUCGCUACCGAUGAGAGCUGGAACUCUGUCGAGUUCGAGUACGACACCAUCACCGUCGAGGCCGAGCGCGGCGGCGUCGUUGGCGAGCAGACCGGCGGUACUACCACCACCACUACCCGCACCACAACCAACACACCCAAGCCAAUGGUUGAUGCGGUCUGUCCUAUCGCCAACCAGGUCAGCGUCUUCAAGGAUGACGAGCUCUACACCACCACCUUAACCCAGCGAUCCACUGGUGUCAUUUAUAUUACUCAGUUGCUCUACAACUAUGAGACCAAGACCUACUACGUCUACCUUCGCUGGGGUGAGAACCAGUACACUUUGGAUGGACCCUACGAAACUGUCGACAUCGCCAAGCAGCACUACAAGAAGCAGUAUAACGAAACCUUCGGUAUCACCUGGGAGAAGCGCAAAGUUACCACUAACUCUCAAUGGUCCAUUGUGCACCAUACCUUCGAGACCUUUGAGGAGUAUGAGGACGUCCUCAGCGAGGAGGAACAGGAGCACGAUUUGAUUGACACCAUCACUGUCAUCUCCAAGGAUACCGAGACCAGCCGCCAGACCUCUGAGCGCGAGCACGUCGAGGUUAUCCGCACCAUUGACACCACUGUCGAGGACCUCGCUAACAGGGACACCACCACCACCACCCAGACUCGUCACACCACUGUCACUCUUGACCAGCCUACCGUUCCCAAGGGUUCUUCCUGGUUCCGCAAGAUUGCUGCUGGUGCCGGUGUCGUCGCUGCAGGUGCUUUGACCCAGGUCGAUGGUGUCUGGAAGCGUGGCGUUAAGGUCCAAACCACCCAGAAGGCCCAUGUUGAUACCGUCGCUCCUAUUGCCAAGACCUCGUACGUCUACUACGAUGAUGAGGUGUACGAUGCUGUCCUUGUCGACAAGUCAACCGGCGUCACCCACGUCACCCAGUUGCUCUACGAUACCACCACCACCAAGUACUACGUCUACUACCGCUGGGGAGAGACCGACUACAAGUUGGAUGGACCUCAUGAGACUGUCGAAUCCGCCAAGUCUGCCUUCCAGGUUACCUACCACGAGAACUUCGGUGUCCAGUGGGAAGAGCGCGAGACCACUGUGUCUGACCGCUACACCUACGAGGUCAAGACCUACGAGACCUUCGAGACCAUUGAGGAAAUCGAGGAGGUCGUUGAGGAGGACGUCGCAAUUGCCAUCGUUUCUCGCGACCAGGGCGUUGUAACUGAGGGUAAGAUCAUCACCGAGGGCACCACUUCCACCACGGUCAUCAAGGAUGACGAUGUUGUUGUUGAGCACGUUCACACCGCCGUUAUUGUCGACAACAAGACGGAGGAUGAAGCCGUCAAGGAGGUUGUUAUCACCAAGGUCACCGGAGUUGCCACUCAGCCCGCUGUUCCUAAGGGUACCUCGUGGUUCCGCCAUAUUGCCACUGGUGCUGGUGCCGUUGUCGCUGGUGCCGGUACCGUCGCUGCCGGCGCCGCCUCCGGUGCUGGAAACGCUGCCUCUGGCGCCUUGGAGAAGGUCGAUGGCGUCUGGAAGCGCACUGUUCAGGUAUUGACUACCCGCAAGGCUAAUGUCGAUGCCGUUGCUCCUAUUGCCAAGACCUCCUAUGUCUAUUACGAUGAUGAAGUGUAUGAUGCCGUCCUUGUCGACAAGUCGACCGGCGUCACCCACGUCACCCAGUUGCUCUACGAUACCACUACCACCAAGUACUACGUCUACUACCGCUGGGGAGAGACCGACUACAAGUUGGAUGGACCUCACGAGACUGUCGAGUCCGCCAAGUCUGCCUUCCAGGUUACCUACCACGAGAACUUCGGAGUUCAGUGGGAGGAGCGUGAGACUGCCGUUUCUGAGCAUUACACCUACGAGGUGAAGACCUACGAGACCUUCGAGACCAUUGAGGAAGUCGAGGAAAUCAUUGAGGAAGAUGAAGUCGCUCUCAUCCUUGCUCGGGAGACGGAGGUUCAGGUUGACAACAAGACUGUCAAGACUGAGGUCACCACCACCACGACAACCAACGCCCAGGAUGAGAUUGUCCUCGAGCACGUCCAGAAGGAUGUCAUCAUCACGCAAACCGAAACCGACGAGAAGGAUGUCAAGGAGACCAUCAUCACCAAGGAGACUGGCGUCGUUGCCAAGCCCGCUGCUCCCAAGGGUACUUCCUGGUUCCGCAAGAUUGCCACUGUCACUGGUGCCGCUGUUGUUGGUGCUGGUGCUGUUGCUGUCGGAGCUGGAGCUCUUGCUGUUGGUGCUGCCAAGGAUGCCGCCUCUGGAGCAGGACAUGCCGCUCACGGUGCCUUGGAGAAGGUUGAUGGUGUCUGGAAGCGCAGCGUCCAGGUGUUGACUACCCGCAAGGCUAACGUCGAUGCCGUCGCUCCCAUCGCCAAGACAUCCUAUGUCUACUACGAUGACGAGGUGUAUGAUGCUGUCCUUGUCGACAAGUCGACCGGUGUCACCCACGUCACCCAGUUGCUCUACGACACUACCACCACCAAGUACUACGUCUACUACCGCUGGGGAGAGACCGACUACAAGUUGGAUGGACCUCACGAGACUGUCGAGUCCGCCAAGUCUGCCUUCCAGGUUACCUACCACGAGAACUUCGGUGUUCAGUGGGAGGAGCGUGAGACUGCCGUCUCUGAGCGCUUCACCUACGAGGUCAAGACCUACGAGACCUUCGAGACCGUUGAAGAAAUCGAGGAGAUCGUCGAGGAGACCGAGGCUGUUGCCAUCAUUGCUCGCGAGCAGGAGAUCGUCACUGAGGAUGAGGUCAUCACCACCGAGACCACUACCACUACCACCACCACCACUGAGGGUGAGACUGUUCUCGAGCACGUCCAGAAGGACGUGAUCGUUGACAAGAAGGUCGAGGUCGAUGUUGAUGUUUCCGUUUCCGUUGAUGUUGAGGUCGAGAAGAAGGAGGCCAAGGAGACGAUCAUCACCAAGGAGACUGGUGUCGUUGCCAAGCCCGCUGCUCCCAAGGGUACUUCCUGGUUCCGCAAGAUUGCCACUGUCACUGGUGCCGCUGUUGUUGGUGCUGGUGCUGUUGCUGUCGGAGCCGGAGCUCUUGCUGUUGGUGCUGCCAAGGAUGCCGCCUCUGGAGCAGGACAUGCCGCUCACGGUGCCUUGGAGAAGGUUGAUGGUGUCUGGAAGCGCAGCGUCCAGGUGUUGACUACCCGCAAGGCUAACGUUGAUGCCGUCGCUCCUAUUGCCAAGACCUCCUAUGUCUACUACGAUGACGAGGUGUACGAUGCUGUCCUUGUCGACAAGUCGACCGGUGUCACCCACGUCACCCAGUUGCUCUACGACACUACCACCACCAAGUACUACGUCUACUACCGCUGGGGAGAGACCGACUACAAGUUGGAUGGACCUCACGAGACUGUCGAGUCCGCCAAGUCUGCCUUCCAGGUCACCUACCACGAGAACUUCGGUGUCCAGUGGGAGGAGCGUGAGACUGCCGUCUCUGAGCGCUUCACCUACGAGGUCAAGACCUACGAGACCUUCGAGACCGUUGAGGAAAUCGAGGAGAUCGUCGAGGAGACCGAGGCUGUUGCCAUCAUUGCUCGCGAGCAGGAGAUCAUCACUGAGGAUGAGGUCAUCACCACCGAGACCACUACCACUACCACCACCACCACUGAGGGUGAGACUGUUCUCGAGCACAUCCAGAAGGAUGUGAUUGUUGACAAGAAGGUCGAGGUUGAUGUUGAUGUUUCCGUUGAUGUUGAAGUCGAGAAGAAGGAGGCCAAGGAGACGAUCAUCACCAAGGAGACUGGUGUCGUUGCCAAGCCCGCUGCUCCCAAGGGUACUUCCUGGUUCCGCAAGAUUGCCACUGUCACUGGUGCCGCUGUUGUUGGUGCUGGUGCUGUUGCUGUCGGAGCUGGAGCUCUUGCUGUUGGUGCUGCCAAGGAUGCCGCCUCUGGAGCAGGACAUGCCGCUCACGGCGCCUUGGAGAAGGUUGAUGGUGUCUGGAAGCGCAGCGUCCAGGUGUUGACUACCCGCAAGGCUAACGUCGAUGCCGUCGCUCCCAUCGCCAAGACCUCCUAUGUCUACUACGAUGAUGAGGUGUACGAUGCUGUCCUUGUCGACAAGUCGACCGGUGUCACCCACGUCACCCAGUUGCUCUACGACACUACCACCACCAAGUACUACGUCUACUACCGCUGGGGAGAGACCGACUACAAGUUGGAUGGACCUCACGAGACUGUCGAGUCCGCCAAGUCUGCCUUCCAGGUUACCUACCACGAGAACUUCGGUGUCCAGUGGGAGGAGCGUGAGACUGCCGUCUCUGAGCGCUUCACCUACGAGGUCAAGACCUACGAGACCUUCGAGACCGUUGAGGAAAUCGAGGAGAUCGUCGAGGAGACCGAGGCUGUUGCCAUCAUUGCUCGCGAGCAGGAGAUCAUCACUGAGGAUGAGGUCAUCACCACCGAGACCACUACCACUACCACCACCACCACUGAGGGUGAGACUGUUCUCGAGCACAUCCAGAAGGAUGUGAUUGUUGACAAGAAGGUCGAGGUUGAUGUUUCCGUUUCCGUUGAUGUUGAAGUCGAGAAGAAGGAGGCCAAGGAGACGAUCAUCACCAAGGAGACUGGUGUCGUUGCCAAGCCCGCUGCUCCCAAGGGUACUUCCUGGUUCCGCAAGAUUGCCACUGUCACUGGUGCCGCUGUUGUUGGUGCUGGUGCUGUUGCCGUCGGAGCUGGAGCUCUUGCUGUUGGUGCUGCCAAGGAUGCCGCCUCUGGAGCAGGACAUGCCGCUCACGGUGCCUUGGAGAAGGUUGAUGGUGUCUGGAAGCGCAGCGUCCAGGUGUUGACUACCCGCAAGGCUAACGUCGAUGCCGUCGCUCCCAUCGCCAAGACCUCCUAUGUCUACUACGAUGAUGAGGUGUACGAUGCUGUCCUUGUCGACAAGUCGACCGGUGUCACCCACGUCACCCAGUUGCUCUACGACACUACCACCACCAAGUACUACGUCUACUACCGCUGGGGAGAGACCGACUACAAGUUGGAUGGACCUCACGAGACUGUCGAGUCCGCCAAGUCUGCCUUCCAGGUCACCUACCACGAGAACUUCGGUGUCCAGUGGGAGGAGCGUGAGACUGCCGUCUCUGAGCGCUUCACCUACGAGGUCAAGACCUACGAGACCUUCGAGACCGUUGAGGAAAUCGAGGAGAUCGUCGAGGAGACCGAGGCUGUUGCCAUCAUUGCUCGCGAGCAGGAGAUCAUCACUGAGGAUGAGGUCAUCACCACCGAGACCACUACCACUACCACCACCACCACUGAGGGUGAGACUGUUCUCGAGCACAUCCAGAAGGAUGUGAUUGUUGACAAGAAGGUCGAGGUUGAUGUUUCCGUUUCCGUUGAUGUUGAAGUCGAGAAGAAGGAGGCCAAGGAGACGAUCAUCACCAAGGAGACUGGUGUCGUUGCCAAGCCCGCUGCUCCCAAGGGUACUUCCUGGUUCCGCAAGAUUGCCACUGUCACUGGUGCCGCUGUUGUUGGUGCUGGUGCUGUUGCCGUCGGAGCUGGAGCUCUUGCUGUUGGUGCUGCCAAGGAUGCCGCCUCUGGAGCAGGACAUGCCGCUCACGGCGCCUUGGAGAAGGUUGAUGGUGUCUGGAAGCGCAGCGUCCAGGUGUUGACUACCCGCAAGGCUAACGUCGAUGCCGUCGCUCCCAUCGCCAAGACCUCCUAUGUCUACUACGAUGAUGAGGUGUACGAUGCUGUCCUUGUCGACAAGUCGACCGGUGUCACCCACGUCACCCAGUUGCUCUACGACACUACCACCACCAAGUACUACGUCUACUACCGCUGGGGAGAGACCGACUACAAGUUGGAUGGACCUCACGAGACUGUCGAGUCCGCCAAGUCUGCCUUCCAGGUCACCUACCACGAGAACUUCGGUGUCCAGUGGGAGGAGCGUGAGACUGCCGUCUCUGAGCGCUUCACCUACGAGGUCAAGACCUACGAGACCUUCGAGACCGUUGAAGAAAUCGAGGAGAUCGUCGAGGAGACCGAGGCUGUUGCCAUCAUUGCUCGCGAGCAGGAGAUCGUCACUGAGGAUGAGGUCAUCACCACCGAGACCACUACCACUACCACCACCACCACCGAGGGUGAGACUGUUCUCGAGCACAUCCAGAAGGAUGUGAUUGUUGACAAGAAGGUUGAUGUUGAUGUUUCCGUUUCCGUUGAUGUUGAGGUCGAGAAGAAGGAGGCCAAGGAGACGAUCAUCACCAAGGAGACUGGUGUCGUUGCCAAGCCCGCUGCUCCCAAGGGUACUUCCUGGUUCCGCAAGAUUGCCACUGUCACUGGUGCCGCUGUUGUUGGUGCUGGUGCUGUUGCUGUCGGAGCCGGAGCUCUUGCUGUUGGUGCUGCCAAGGAUGCCGCCUCUGGAGCAGGACAUGCCGCUCACGGUGCCUUGGAGAAGGUUGAUGGUGUCUGGAAGCGCAGCGUCCAGGUGUUGACUACCCGCAAGGCUAACGUUGAUGCCGUCGCUCCCAUCGCCAAGACAUCCUAUGUCUACUACGAUGACGAGGUGUAUGAUGCUGUCCUUGUCGACAAGUCGACCGGUGUCACCCACGUCACCCAGUUGCUCUACGACACUACCACCACCAAGUACUACGUCUACUACCGCUGGGGAGAGACCAACUACAAGUUGGAUGGACCUCACGAGACUGUCGAGUCCGCCAAGUCUGCCUUCCAGGUCACCUACCACGAGAACUUCGGUGUUCAGUGGGAGGAGCGCGAGACUGCCGUGUCUGAGCGCUUCACCUACGAGGUCAAGACCUACGAGACCUUCGAGACCGUUGAAGAAAUCGAGGAGAUCGUCGAGGAGACCGAGGCUGUUGCCAUCAUUGCUCGCGAGCAGGAGAUCGUCACUGAGGAUGAGGUCAUCACCACCGAGACCACUACCACUACCACCACCACCACUGAGGGUGAGACUGUUCUCGAGCACGUCCAGAAGGACGUGAUCGUUGACAAGAAGGUUGAGGUCGAUGUUGAUGUUUCCGUUGAGGUUGAUGUCGAGGUCGAGAAGAAGGAGGCCAAGGAGACGAUCAUCACCAAGGAGACUGGCGUCGUUGCCAAGCCCGCUGCUCCCAAGGGUACUUCCUGGUUCCGCAAGAUUGCCACUGUCACUGGUGCCGCUGUUGUUGGUGCUGGUGCUGUUGCUGUCGGAGCCGGAGCUCUUGCUGUUGGUGCUGCCAAGGAUGCCGCCUCUGGAGCAGGACAUGCCGCUCACGGUGCCUUGGAGAAGGUUGAUGGUGUCUGGAAGCGCAGCGUCCAGGUGUUGACUACCCGCAAGGCUAACGUCGAUGCCGUCGCUCCCAUCGCCAAGACCUCCUAUGUCUACUACGAUGACGAGGUGUACGAUGCUGUCCUUGUCGACAAGUCGACCGGCGUCACCCACGUCACCCAGUUGCUCUACGACACUACCACCACCAAGUACUACGUCUACUACCGCUGGGGAGAGACCGACUACAAGUUGGAUGGACCUCACGAGACUGUCGAGUCCGCCAAGUCUGCCUUCCAGGUUACCUACCACGAGAACUUCGGUGUUCAGUGGGAGGAGCGUGAGACUGCCGUCUCUGAGCGCUUCACCUACGAGGUCAAGACCUACGAGACCUUCGAGACCGUUGAAGAAAUCGAGGAGAUCGUCGAGGAGACCGAGGCUGUUGCCAUCAUUGCUCGCGAGCAGGAGAUCGUCACUGAGGAUGAGGUCAUCACCACCGAGACCACUACCACUACCACCACCACCACCGAGGGUGAGGUUGUCCUCGAGCAUGUCCAGAAGGAUGUGAUUGUUGACAAGAAGGUCGAGGUCGAUGUUGAUGUUUCCGUUUCCGUUGAUGUUGAGGUCGAGAAGAAGGAGGCCAAGGAGACGAUCAUCACCAAGGAGACUGGCGUCGUUGCCAAGCCCGCUGCUCCCAAGGGUACUUCCUGGUUCCGCAAGAUUGCCACUGUCACUGGUGCCGCUGUUGUUGGUGCUGGUGCUGUUGCCGUCGGAGCUGGAGCUCUUGCUGUUGGUGCUGCCAAGGAUGCCGCCUCUGGAGCAGGACAUGCCGCUCACGGUGCCUUGGAGAAGGUUGAUGGUGUCUGGAAGCGCAGCGUCCAGGUGUUGACUACCCGCAAGGCUAAUGUCGAUGCCGUUGCUCCUAUUGCCAAGACCUCCUAUGUCUACUACGAUGAUGAAGUGUAUGAUGCCGUCCUUGUCGACAAGUCGACCGGUGUCACCCACGUCACCCAGUUGCUCUACGACACUACCACCACCAAGUACUACGUCUACUACCGCUGGGGAGAGACCGACUACAAGUUGGAUGGACCUCACGAGACUGUCGAGUCCGCCAAGUCUGCCUUCCAGGUUACCUACCACGAGAACUUCGGUGUUCAGUGGGAGGAGCGUGAGACUGCCGUCUCUGAGCGCUUCACCUACGAGGUCAAGACCUACGAGACCUUCGAGACCGUUGAAGAAAUCGAGGAGAUCGUCGAGGAGACCGAGGCUGUUGCCAUCAUUGCUCGCGAGCAGGAGAUCGUCACUGAGGAUGAGGUCAUCACCACCGAGACCACUACCACUACCACCACCACCACUGAGGGUGAGACUGUUCUCGAGCACGUCCAGAAGGACGUGAUCGUUGACAAGAAGGUCGAGGUCGAUGUUGAUGUUUCCGUUGAGGUUGAUGUUGAGGUCGAGAAGAAGGAGGCCAAGGAGACGAUCAUCACCAAGGAGACUGGUGUCGUUGCCAAGCCCGCUGCUCCCAAGGGUACUUCCUGGUUCCGCAAGAUUGCCACUGCCACUGGUGCCGCUGUUGUUGGUGCUGGUGCUGUUGCUGUCGGAGCCGGAGCUCUUGCUGUUGGUGCUGCCAAGGAUGCCGCCUCUGGAGCAGGACAUGCCGCUCACGGUGCCUUGGAGAAGGUUGAUGGUGUCUGGAAGCGUAGCAUCCAGGUGUUGACUACCCGCAAGGCUAACGUCGAUGCCGUCGCUCCCAUCGCCAAGACCUCCUAUGUCUACUACGAUGAUGAGGUGUACGAUGCCGUCCUUGUCGACAAGUCGACCGGUGUCACCCACGUCACUCAGUUGCUCUACGACACUACCACCACCAAGUACUACGUCUACUACCGCUGGGGAGAGACCGACUACAAGUUGGAUGGACCUCACGAGACUGUCGAGUCCGCCAAGUCUGCCUUCCAGGUUACCUACCACGAGAACUUCGGUGUUCAGUGGGAGGAGCGCGAGACUGCCGUCUCUGAGCGCUUCACCUACGAGGUCAAGACCUACGAGACCUUCGAGACCGUUGAAGAAAUCGAGGAGAUCGUCGAGGAGACCGAGGCUGUUGCCAUCAUUGCUCGCGAGCAGGAGAUCGUCACUGAGGAUGAGGUCAUCACCACCGAGACCACUACCACUACCACCACCACCACCGAGGGUGAGGUUGUCCUCGAGCACAUCCAGAAGGAUGUGAUUGUUGACAAGAAGGUCGAGGUCGAUGUUGAUGUUUCCGUUUCCGUUGAUGUUGAGGUCAAGAAGAAGGAGGCCAAGGAGACGAUCAUCACCAAGGAGACUGGCGUCGUUGCCAAGCCCGCUGCUCCUAAGGGUACUUCCUGGUUCCGCAAGAUUGCCACUGCCACUGGUGCCGCUGUUGUUGGUGCUGGUGCUGUUGCUGUCGGAGCUGGAGCUCUUGCUGUUGGUGCUGCCAAGGAUGCCGCCUCUGGAGCAGGACAUGCCGCUCACGGCGCCUUGGAGAAGGUUGAUGGUGUCUGGAAGCGCAGCGUCCAGGUGUUGACUACCCGCAAGGCUAACGUCGAUGCCGUUGCUCCUAUUGCCAAGACCUCCUAUGUCUACUACGAUGACGAGGUGUACGAUGCCGUCCUUGUCGACAAGUCGACCGGCGUCACCCACGUCACCCAGUUGCUCUACGAUACCACUACCACCAAGUACUACGUCUACUACCGCUGGGGAGAGACCGACUACAAGUUGGAUGGACCUCACGAGACUGUCGAGUCCGCCAAGUCUGCCUUCCAGGUCACCUACCACGAGAACUUCGGUGUUCAGUGGGAGGAGCGUGAGACUGCCGUGUCUGAGCGCUUCACCUACGAGGUCAAGACCUACGAGACCUUCGAGACCGUUGAAGAAAUCGAGGAGAUCGUCGAGGAGACCGAGGCUGUUGCCAUCAUUGCUCGCGAGCAGGAGAUCAUCACUGAGGAUGAGGUCAUCACCACCGAGACCACUACCACUACCACCACCACCACUGAGGGUGAGGUUGUCCUCGAGCAUGUCCAGAAGGAUGUGAUUGUUGACAAGAAGGUCGAGGUUGAUGUUGAUGUUUCCGUUUCCGUUGAUGUUGAGGUCGAGAAGAAGGAGGCCAAGGAGACGAUCAUCACCAAGGAGACUGGUGUCGUUGCCAAGCCCGCUGCUCCCAAGGGUACUUCCUGGUUCCGCAAGAUUGCCACUGUCACUGGUGCCGCUGUUGUUGGUGCUGGUGCUGUUGCUGUCGGAGCCGGAGCUCUUGCUGUUGGUGCUGCCAAGGAUGCCGCCUCUGGAGCAGGACAUGCCGCUCACGGCGCCUUGGAGAAGGUUGAUGGUGUCUGGAAGCGCAGCGUCCAGGUGUUGACUACCCGCAAGGCUAAUGUCGAUGCCGUUGCUCCUAUUGCCAAGACAUCCUAUGUCUACUACGAUGACGAGGUGUACGAUGCCGUCCUUGUCGACAAGUCGACCGGUGUCACCCACGUCACCCAGUUGCUCUACGACACUACCACCACCAAGUACUACGUCUACUACCGCUGGGGAGAGACUGACUACAAGUUGGAUGGACCUCACGAGACUGUCGAGUCCGCCAAGUCUGCCUUCCAGGUUACCUACCACGAGAACUUCGGUGUUCAGUGGGAGGAGCGUGAGACUGCCGUCUCUGAGCGCUUCACCUACGAGGUCAAGACCUACGAGACCUUCGAGACCGUUGAGGAAAUCGAGGAGAUCGUCGAGGAGACCGAGGCUGUUGCCAUCAUUGCUCGCGAGCAGGAGAUCAUCACUGAGGAUGAGGUCAUCACCACCGAGACCACUACCACUACCACCACCACCACCGAGGGUGAGGUUGUCCUCGAGCAUGUCCAGAAGGACGUGAUCGUUGACAAGAAGGUCGAGGUUGAUGUUGAUGUUUCCGUUUCCGUUGAUGUUGAGGAGGCCAAGGAGACCAUUAUCACCAAGGAGACUGGCGUCGGUACUUCCUGGUUCCGCAAGAUUGCCACUGCCACUGGUGCCGCUGUUGUUGGUGCUGGUGCUGUUGCUGUCGGAGCCGGAGCUCUUGCUGUUGGUGCUGCCAAGGAUGCCGCCUCUGGAGCAGGACAUGCCGCUCACGGUGCCUUAGAGAAGGUUGAUGGUGUCUGGAAGCGUAGCGUCCAGGUGUUGACUACCCGCAAGGCUAACGUCGAUGCCACCUCCUAUGUCUACUACGAUGAUGAGGUGUACGAUGCCGUCCUUGUCGACAAGUCGACCGGUGUCACCCACGUCACUCAGUUGCUCUACGACACUACCACCACCAAGUACUACGUCUACUACCGCUGGGGAGAGACCGACUACAAGUUGGAUGGACCUCACGAGACUGUCGAGUCCGCCAAGUCUGCCUUCCAGGUUACCUACCACGAGAACUUCGGUGUCCAGUGGGAGGAGCGUGAGACUGCCGUCUCUGAGCGCUUCACCUACGAGGUCAAGACCUACGAGACCUUCGAGACCGUUGAGGAAAUCGAGGAGAUCGUCGAGGAGACCGAGGCUGUUGCCAUCAUUGCUCGCGAGCAGGAGAUCGUCACUGAGGAUGAGGUCAUCACCACCGAGACCACUACCACUACCACCACCACCACUGAGGGUGAGACUGUCCUCGAGCAUGUCCAGAAGGACGUGAUCGUUGACAAGAAGGUCGAGGUUGAUGUUGAUGUUUCCGUUGAGGUCGAUGUUGAGGUCGAGAAGAAGGAGGCCAAGGAGACGAUCAUCACCAAGGAGACUGGCGUCGUUGCCAAGCCCGCUGCUCCCAAGGGUACUUCCUGGUUCCGCAAGAUUGCCACUGUCACUGGUGCCGCUGUUGUUGGUGCUGGUGCUGUUGCCGUCGGAGCUGGAGCUCUUGCUGUUGGUGCUGCCAAGGAUGCCGCCUCUGGAGCAGGACAUGCCGCUCACGGUGCCUUGGAGAAGGUUGAUGGUGUCUGGAAGCGCAGCGUCCAGGUGUUGACUACCCGCAAGGCUAAUGUCGAUGCCGUUGCUCCUAUUGCCAAGACCUCCUAUGUCUACUACGAUGAUGAAGUGUAUGAUGCUGUCCUUGUCGACAAGUCGACCGGCGUCACCCACGUCACCCAGUUGCUCUACGAUACCACUACCACCAAGUACUACGUCUACUACCGCUGGGGAGAGACCGACUACAAGUUGGAUGGACCUCACGAGACUGUCGAGUCCGCCAAGUCUGCCUUCCAGGUUACCUACCACGAGAACUUCGGUGUUCAGUGGGAGGAGCGCGAGACUGCCGUCUCUGAGCGCUUCACCUACGAGGUCAAGACCUACGAGACCUUCGAGACCGUUGAAGAAAUCGAGGAGAUCGUCGAGGAGACCGAGGCUGUUGCCAUCAUUGCUCGCGAGCAGGAGAUCGUCACUGAGGAUGAGGUCAUCACCACCGAGACCACUACCACUACCACCACCACCACUGAGGGUGAGACUGUUCUCGAGCACGUCCAGAAGGACGUGAUCGUUGACAAGAAGGUCGAGGUCGAUGUUGAUGUUUCCGUUUCCGUUGAUGUUGAGGUCGAGAAGAAGGAGGCCAAGGAGACGAUCAUCACCAAGGAGACUGGUGUCGUUGCCAAGCCCGCUGCUCCUAAGGGUACUUCCUGGUUCCGCAAGAUUGCCACUGCCACUGGUGCCGCUGUUGUUGGUGCUGGUGCUGUUGCCGUCGGAGCUGGUGCUCUGGUUGUUGGUGCUGGUGCUCUUACCGUUGGUGCCGUCCACGACGUUGCCUCUGGAGCUGGACAUGCCGCUCACGGUGCCUUGGAGAAGGUUGAUGGUGUCUGGAAGCGCACUGUUCAGGUGUUGACUACCCGCAAGGCCCACGUCGACGCCGUUGCUCCUAUUGCCAAGACCUCCUAUGUCUACUACGAUGAUGAGGUGUAUGAUGCUGUCCUUGUCGACAAGUCGACUGGCGUCACCCACGUCACCCAGUUGCUCUACGACACUACCACCACCAAGUACUACGUCUACUACCGCUGGGGAGAGACCGACUACAAGUUGGAUGGACCUCACGAGACUGUCGAGUCCGCCAAGUCUGCCUUCCAGGUCACCUACCACGAGAACUUCGGUGUUCAGUGGGAGGAGCGUGAGACUGCCGUCUCUGAGCGCUUCACCUACGAGGUCAAGACCUACGAGACCUUCGAGACCGUUGAAGAAAUCGAGGAGAUCGUCGAGGAGACCGAGGCUGUUGCCAUCAUUGCUCGCGAGCAGGAGAUCAUCACUGAGGAUGAGGUCAUCACCACCGAGACCACUACCACUACCACCACCACCACUGAGGGUGAGACUGUUCUCGAGCACGUCCAGAAGGACGUGAUCGUUGACAAGAAGGUCGAGGUCGAUGUUGAUGUUUCCGUUGAGGUUGAUGUCGAGGUCGAGAAGAAGGAGGCCAAGGAGACGAUCAUCACCAAGGAGACUGGUGUCGUUGCCAAGCCCGCUGCUCCCAAGGGUACUUCCUGGUUCCGCAAGAUUGCCACUGUCACUGGUGCCGCUGUUGUUGGUGCUGGUGCUGUUGCUGUCGGAGCUGGAGCUCUUGCUGUUGGUGCUGCCAAGGAUGCCGCCUCUGGAGCAGGACAUGCCGCUCACGGUGCCUUGGAGAAGGUUGAUGGUGUCUGGAAGCGCAGCGUCCAGGUGUUGACUACCCGCAAGGCUAACGUCGAUGCCGUCGCUCCCAUCGCCAAGACAUCCUAUGUCUACUACGAUGAUGAAGUGUAUGAUGCCGUCCUUGUCGACAAGUCGACCGGUGUCACCCACGUCACCCAGUUGCUCUACGACACUACCACCACCAAGUACUACGUCUACUACCGCUGGGGAGAGACCGACUACAAGUUGGAUGGACCUCACGAGACUGUCGAGUCCGCCAAGUCUGCCUUCCAGGUUACCUACCACGAGAACUUCGGUGUCCAGUGGGAGGAGCGCGAGACUGCCGUGUCUGAGCGCUUCACCUACGAGGUCAAGACCUACGAGACCUUCGAGACCGUUGAAGAAAUCGAGGAGAUCGUCGAGGAGACCGAGGCUGUUGCCAUCAUUGCUCGCGAGCAGGAGAUCGUCACUGAGGAUGAGGUCAUCACCACCGAGACCACUACCACUACCACCACCACCACUGAGGGUGAGACUGUCCUCGAGCAUGUCCAGAAGGACGUGAUCGUUGACAAGAAGGUCGAGGUUGAUGUUGAUGUUUCCGUUUCCGUUGAUGUUGAGGUCGAGAAGAAGGAGGCCAAGGAGACGAUCAUCACCAAGGAGACUGGCGUCGUUGCCAAGCCCGCUGCUCCCAAGGGUACUUCCUGGUUCCGCAAGAUUGCCACUGUCACUGGUGCCGCUGUUGUUGGUGCUGGUGCUGUUGCUGUCGGAGCCGGAGCUCUUGCUGUUGGUGCUGCCAAGGAUGCCGCCUCUGGAGCAGGACAUGCCGCUCACGGCGCCUUGGAGAAGGUUGAUGGUGUCUGGAAGCGCAGCGUCCAGGUGUUGACUACCCGCAAGGCUAAUGUCGAUGCCGUUGCUCCUAUUGCCAAGACCUCCUAUGUCUACUACGAUGAUGAAGUGUAUGAUGCCGUCCUUGUCGACAAGUCGACCGGUGUCACCCACGUCACCCAGUUGCUCUACGACACUACCACCACCAAGUACUACGUCUACUACCGCUGGGGAGAGACCGACUACAAGUUGGAUGGACCUCACGAGACUGUCGAGUCCGCCAAGUCUGCCUUCCAGGUCACCUACCACGAGAACUUCGGUGUUCAGUGGGAGGAGCGCGAGACUGCCGUGUCUGAGCGCUUCACUUACGAGGUCAAGACCUACGAGACCUUCGAGACCGUUGAAGAAAUCGAGGAGAUCGUCGAGGAGACCGAGGCUGUUGCCAUCAUUGCCCGUGAACAGGAGACUAUUACCGAGGAGAAGACCGUUACUGAGGUCGUCACUUCGACUGUUCAGGAAGACAUUGUUGUCGAGCAAUUGCAGGAGAAGACCGUUGUCGUCGAGGAUGAGAUCCAGACAAAGGAGACCGUCAUUUCCACUCUCGUCGAUGAGACUAUCACCGUCGAAGCUACUGUUGAGGACGUUGUCGAGUCGGUUGCCGUGACUGAGGAGCAGGAGGUUGCUAAGGAGAUUGUUAUCACCAAGGAGACUGGUGUCAUUGUCGAGCCCACUGUUACCAAGGAAACCUCUUGGUUCCGCAAGGUCGUUUCGAAUGCUGGUGCCGCAGCUGGUGCCGUUGCUCUCGGUGCCGGUGCCGGUGCCGUUGGAGCUGGUGCUCUGGUUGUUGGUGCUGGUGCUCUUACCGUCGGUGCCGUCCACGACGUUGCCUCUGGAGCUGGACAUGCCGCCCAUGGUGCUUUGGAGAAGGUUGAUGGUGUCUGGAAGCGCACUGUUCAGGUGUUGACUACCCGCAAGGCCCACGUUGAUGCCGUCGCUCCCAUCGCCAAGACUUCGUACGUCUACUACGAUGAUGAGGUGUACGAUGCCGUCUUGGUUGAGAAGUCCACUGGCGUCACCUAUGUGACUCAGUUGCUCUUCGAUAGCGCAACCAGCAAGUACUACGUCUACGUCCGUUGGGGCGAGACCGACUACAAGCUUGAUGGACCCCACGAUACCGUUGAGUCUGCCAAGGCUGCCUUCCAGGUUACCUACCAUGACCAGUUCGGUGUCAAAUGGCAGGAGCGUGAGACCACCGUCAGUGAGCGCUUCACCUACGAGAUCAAGACUUACGAGACAUUCGAGACCGUUGAGGUUGUCGAGGAAGUUGUUGAUGAAAAGGUUGCUGAGGUGAUUCUCAAGCGCGAGCAGGAGAUUAUUGUUGAUGAGGAGACUGUUCAGACCGAGACCACCACCUCGACCACUACGACCCGCAAGGAGGAGAGUGUUUCCGAGGUCGCCUAUGAGGUUGAGGUUAUCGAUGGUGAGGAGAUUACCAAGGUUAUCACUACGACCAAGGAGACUGGUGUCGUUGCUCAGCCCGCUGUCACCAAGGGUACCUCCUGGUUCCGUCGCCUUGCCUCAGGCGCUGGAUUGGCCGCUGCUGGAGCCUUGACUCAAGUCGAUGGCGUCUGGAAGCGUACCGUCCAGGUCCUUACCACUCGCAAGGCCCACGUUGAUGCCAUUGCCCCAAUUGCCAAGACUUCGUACGUCUACUACGAUGAUGAGGUGUACGAUGCCGUCUUGGUCGAGAAGUCCACUGGCGUCACCUAUGUGACCCAGUUGCUCUACGACACUACCACCACCAAGUACUACGUCUACGUCCGUUGGGGCGAGACCGACUACAAGCUUGAUGGACCCCACGAUACCGUUGAGUCUGCCAAGGCUGCCUUCCAGAUCUCAUACCGCGAGCAGUUCGGCGUCCAGUGGGAGCACCGUGAGACCACCGUUUCUGAGCGCUUCACUUACGAGGUGAAGACUUACGAGACCUUCGAGACCACCGAGGAGAUUGAGGAGAUCGUUGAAGAUUACGAAGUCUCUGAGGUUAUUGCCCAAGAGAAGGUUUUGAUCGAGGAUGAGCGCGUCGUUUCCACUCACCAGUCGAUUGAGUCCUCGCACGACGACACCGUUGUCCGCAAUGUCAGUGAGCAGGUUCUCAUCAAGAAGGGAGCUGAAGUUGACGCUGCUGAGUUGUCCCGCACUCAGUACGAGACCUUGACCCGUGUUGAAUCUACCACCUCUGCUGCUGCUGGUUCCGGUGACCUCUUCGGAGGCGCCGCUGCCGCCCUCGGAGGUGCCGCUGCUGUUGGUGCCAUCCAGCACGGUGGUGCUUCUUCGACCACCGUUGUUGAGGAGACCAAGAAGGCUGUCUUUGACUUCUCAAGCCUCCCUGUCCUCCCCGAUCAGGGCAUUAACGUCGAGACCGGAGCCCCAGUUGGUGUGAUUGACUUGACUUCGGGCACUGCCGAGGCCUACCGCGAGUUGCCCCGCCACUUGCGCCCCCGCGCCUGGGUCUCGCUCCACGUCGGAGGCUGGCAGGAUGCCCCCCACGAGUUGGAGGGUUUCAUGCGCCUUGACGACCAGUCUGGCCAGCGCUUGAUGGAGUCUGCCCGCGAUGCCGCCCAGGGUAAGGCUCAGGAGGCCACCCCUAUCGAUAACCUCCGCCUCCCUGAGAUUGUCGCCCUCUUUGCCAAGAAGUUGUACGGACACUUUGAUGAGGAGCUCCCCGCCGAGUUGACCUUGGAACGUCUUCGCCAGUUGGGUCCCCACCGCCCCUAA